AUGACCAUAACGCGGAAUCUAGAGCCGACAUCUCUGCUAGGUCGUCAUCAAGGCGAUAUAAGUAUGUGGACGACGCCUCACAGUCCUGCCCUGGAGGACGACCUUCUCGCUCGUCGUCAUAGGCCGUUCACCCCUGUCGCCACUAGCCCAUUCGGUCAUUCACCCGUCGAAACCCGUGAAAGCUCAUCUGUCGGCUCACCGCGAACCGCAUCCUUUUUUGAUACCUCUUCGUCCGAUCUCAGUCCUCCUGCGCCAGCUCCAAAGCUAGACGCGGUACCCCGAGCCGUUCCAUCCUUCUCGCCAUCACCCCUGAACUUAUCGCGAGAACCGAGUCUCCAGCCGCUACGUCUGUCCCUGCAGGUGGAGACUGCCAAAGACAGGAUCGGCGGAGAACAACCUGACGAUCAACUUUCCCCUCUUCACCAAUCACCGUCUCUCCCCUCUUCCCCCGGACCUUCAUGGCGUCCUCCCGUGCCACCAUCGUCACAAGACCUCAAGCUUCGACUAUUCGCCCAAAGUCCAUAUCUUCUAGGCGAGGGACGUUACGCCAAAGUCUACCUCGCAUCAUACAAGCACGAUGUCGGACCGAAACGAACACAAAAUAGCGAGGCGCCGUGGAAGCUCUGUGCUGCCAAACUCAUGGCGUCUGAUCGAGAUUCUCAGACGAUGGGUCUACGAGAAGCCUUUUUCCUCAGUCGACUCACCGGGACCGCAGCGGCCAGCGUCAACCGUACCCGAGCUCUAUCCCCGCUUGGCAGGAAACUGGAUCUGGACCCAAGAUCAGGCAGAGUGUACAUCGUCAAACUGAUCGCGGUCAAAGAGGAGGACAGUGAGCGGCGAACGACAGGUCCGAUGGUCCACGGGCGAUCCUCCAGUCUCGCUACGGACGCAAGACCACUGCAGAGGAAGAGAAGCUCUACUUUCGGUGUGAGCGCCAUGACAGUGGAUGAAGCGUCGUCGACGAAUGGCAAUUCCCUCUCCUCGUAUCCAUCUCUGCCUGAACUCGCUCAAGUGCAAAGAAACGGGCCUCAGCCUUCGCUCUCCCGACUCGUCCUGCUCCUGGAACACGCAGAACUCGGUACUCUCGACCGAUUCCUUCGAACGAGUCCAUCCCUUGUGGGGAAAGAACUGUGGGGCAGAUGGGCCAGGGAAGGUACAGAGGCUCUAAAUUGGAUACAUCGACAAGGCGUCGUUCACGCCGAUGUGAAACCAGGCAACCUUUUGCUCACAAAAGACUUUCACUUGCGGCUAUCAGACUUUGGGUCGUCACUGCUGAUUCAUCCGACGCAGCCUCCCACGGAUGGGCUAGGGCUGGGAACAUUGCCGUUCUCUCCGCCCGAGCUGGUCGACCCUUUGCGAUCAUUCUCCUUCCCAGUCGACAUCUUCGCCUUUGGAGCGACAUUGUACCAGUGCUUGACCGGUCGCGAACCAUACCGCGGAGUCAGAGCCAUGGAGAUGAUGCACCAUGUCCGGAGAGGUGAUCUUUGGGAAUGGGAAGAACGAGCACGCAUCAGCAGGAUUGGAGAGGAAGAAGUCUCGAUUUCGUCGAGUCCAUAUCCUUCGGCUUGGCGAGGAGUCGUACCGGGUGAAAUGGUUCGUCGAGGUGGAUCAUUACGUAUUCAGCGGGAUGCCAGUCCAACGACUUUCAGGUCGAGUAGUGGGCCCAAGAGACGACCACGACUAGGUCGAAUGUCCUCCACGGAAUCACUUCAGGCUAGUGAAGAGUUGUUGGAAAGUACGAGCGAGUCACCGGCGGGGGUCAAGUUGUGGGCCAGGUGGAUCACACGUCCUUCGACACCGAGUACCGAUGCCAUUUCAGCUCUAUUGAAUGGCUCAGGAGAGCCAACAGCAGAGACUUCACCCAUGCGUCAAUCUGCACAUCGACAGGCUACUCUGUCCGUCGCCUCCCCUCAGUCUGAGUCGACUCCAUCGAGCCCUCCACCGACCGUACUGCCCUCCUUGUCGAGCUCCUAUGGUGACGGCUCGCCAUCGAUGACGUUCCUGGAGGGGGCGGAUCUGGUCAGCGAUGAGAUUCGAACAACGAUCCGCCGCAUGGUUCAGCCGGAUCCAGCAGAAAGACCCACUGCUGCCCAGCUUAGGCGACUCUGGAGAGAUCUUGAGAUUGGCAUAGAGAUCGAAUAA